UUGUUUAUUGGAUGGUGAGCUGUUGCACCGUGAGUGUGAUAUGAUGAUUUUAUCUCGGGCUUUUUUAUAACUCGCCUUAUCGACAAAUUGGCUUUAGGCUUAGGCCGAUAGCGGUAUUAGUAACAAAUAAACGAUAGCAAUUAACUAGCUUUAAGUCAGCUGUGAGGUGGAAUUCUCAUGAAGUGAAUUGGGUUAACUAAGAAAGUUUAGAUUUGUGGCGAUGAAUUCAGUACAGUCGGGGUUUGAGGACAAACGCAAGCCGAGAUACUUGGCGGCGUUCGACUUCGAUCACACAAUGGUCAACGACAACACGGAUACUGUGGUCGCCUCACUUCUCAACCCAGGCGACAUCCCGCCGGAGGUCAUCAGUCUGAGUAAGACCGGAUGGACAAAAUACAUGCAAGCUAUCUUCGCAUUGUUGCAUCAGGCCGAAAUCAAACCGGCUCGGAUUAAAAAAACCGUCGUGGAAAUCGCUGAAACUGCGGGCAUGGUGAAGUGUCUGAAAACCUUGCGCGCCAACAAUUUCGAUCUCAUCAUUAUAAGUGACUCGAACUCGCAAUUUAUUCGUGACUGGAAUGAUGCCCACGACUUGACGAAUGACUUCGCCCAAGUAUAUACAAAUCCUGCGCAUUUCGACGAGCGUGGAAUGCUCGUGUUGAAGCCCUACGAGCGUCAGACCGACUGCAACCUGAGCGCCGUGAACUUGUGCAAGGGGAAGGCCUUGUCGGAGUUUAUAUCACGCCGGCGUGAAGAUAAGAAUAUUCGGUAUGAACAUGUCUUUUACGUGGGCGACGGAAUGAAUGAUAUCUGCCCGGCGUUACGAUUAUCAGAGGCGGAUUUCGCUUGCAUGCGCAUUGAUUACAGCAUGGAUAAGAGGAUCAAAAAAGUGGCCGCGGAUAAUAAUUUGGUGUUGCGGGCCCAGACGAUACGGUGGACAAAUGGAUUGGACUUGUUGGCAGCAAUUAUUAGCAAAAUAAAAAUCUAACUGAGUUUGUUGGAA